CUAUGUAACGGUGUUUUGCCCAAUGUGCUAUUAAAGCAAGGACACAAACUUAAACAUCCUGUCCAUCCUCAGUAAUUAGUAUUUUGAAGCAAGCAAAAGAAGAAUCAUGCCAGUGUCUACCAAGCAAGUCGCACUCGUGGUCGGCGCCUCUCGAGGCAUUGGUCGCCAGAUUGCUAUCGGCCUGGCUAAAGAUGGCUAUGCAGUCAUCGUAGCCGCAAAAUCCACCUCCGACGCCUCAACCACCACGCCCUUCCCCCCAGAUCCCAACUCCCCCGCCUCCACCAUCUCCACAGUCGCCCGCGAAAUCCGCGAAGCAGGCGGCGAAGCCACACCCCUCCCCGUCGACACGCGAGACUACACCAGCAUCGAAGCCCUCGUCGCCAACACAAUCUCCACCUACGGCCGCCUCGACAUCCUCAUCUACAACAGCGGCGCCAUCUGGUGGUCCUCCGUCGCCAAAACGCCCAUGAAGCGGUUCCAACUAAUGCAGCGCGUGAAUGUCGAAGGCGUGUACGGCGUCGUGCAAGCAUGCCUACCACAUUUCCAACAGCAAAACGGGGAGUGGAAGGGACGAAUUGUUAUUGUCAGUCCGCCUAUUUACUCCCGGUUUUUCCGGGGGAAGACGGCGUAUGCGAUGGGGAAGGUGGGCAUGUCGGUGCUGACGAUGGGUCUCGCUAUGGACUUUUCCCGCGAAGCGAAAACGGAAAUGGCAGUGAGUAGCUUGUGGCCGGCGACGGCGAUUCAGAGUGCGGCGACGACGAAUCUAGCGAGGGAUGAGGCGAGUGAGUUGAGGACUCCAAAUAUUUUUUCGGAUGCCGUCAGGGAGAUUAUCAAGGCCCCCGUAGAACAGGUUAAUGGGCGGUUGUUGCUUGAUGAGGAUUUUCUGAGGGAGAGGGGGGUGAAGGAGUUCGAGGGGUAUAGUGUUGUGCCUGGGACAAGGCCGAGGAGGAUUAUGCCGCAGGAGUUUCCGGAUUUGAGGGUUAAGGAGCAGGAUGAUGAGGGGAGGAGGAUGGAUAGUACGGUUUUGAGGGCUGCGGCGAAGUUGUGAGGGGUUGGGGGAGGGUGUGUGUUUGUUGUUGCCUUUUUUCCAUGUUCAGUUGAACCGCCGUAAAAUACACUGUCG